AUGGACGAAAACAUGGAUCAAGUUUUUGUGUCCUACAACGAUAUGAUACAAGACAAUGAGUGUGCAACAAGUGUAGAAUCAUACAAAGAUGUGUACGAAUUUUUGGAAAAUUCUGCUGAAUCCAAUUUCCACUAUUCAAAUGAAAGUCAAAAUUCGAGCGUUGGCAACUCGUUUUCCACGAAUGAAAAAAACAUCCCCAUAUUCUCCUACGUAAGUAACAAUUUCAAGUCGAAAAGGGGGAAAAAGUAUAAAAAAUGCUACACAGCUAGCUACAUAAAUAAUAUGAGCAGCGCUGAGAACUUCCCGCUUAAGGCAUAUGGACGAGUGCGCCCCAGCAGAGAUAAAACAAACAGACUAACCAAUUUUCAGUGGAAACCCUUAGGAAAAAAUGUUCCCGAAAUUGAUAAGAUAAACUUAUCCUAUAAGAAAGCUUGGGAUAUAGGAAAAGAAGGUUGCAAUGGGUUGCUCAUUAAAAAUAUGUUCGAAAGUUAUAAACAGAAAAAGCUGAAUUACAUGGUGUUAGAUGGCACAAAUAUAGACAACUUUUUGACGGUGUACUCUCACACGUACCAGGACGCUAUAAAGGGGGUGACCCCCAAUGUGUUACGAACGUUCAGCUUCUACGAUCUGGAGAAUGCCUACUUUAUGUACGACGUUAAAAGCAUCCACAUUUUCAGAAAAGUGAAGGACAAGGAUAAAGGGAAAAGCGUUAUAUUAAGAGGCCUAAACGAUAACUUCUUUAACGCUAUAUUGGUGUGUAUGUACGAAAUAGUAAUUUAUUUAAAUUUCGCCAAUUGUGAGGAUGGCUCGACGAAUAAACCGAGUAACAAAAAGAAAAAAAAAAAAGGGGACGACCGAAACGAGACAACCUACUACGUUAAAUCGGCGAGGAACGAAAACAAUGCGUAUCGCAGCAACGUAAAGGAGGUCAUAUCCCAUAACAAAAAUAAGAAAAAAAUAAAUGGUGCCUCGGGGAAUGCCGCUGUUACCCGUGAAGAAAAGGGAAAGGCGGAACGGAGUGGGGAUUUCCCCGGAGGGGGGGAAAACAUGAACGAUGAUAAAGAGAACCCAAACCAGAUUACACUUUGGUCGUCCAAUAACCACGAAGAGUUUGGUUAUGAGUACAUCAAAGACAUAAUAAAAAAAGAGGAGAAGGAAUUGUACGAGACGGACAAAAUGUACCACAACAGCAAUGAUGAGUACUCGUCCCACACGUCCGACAGCGUAGAGCAGUAAAUGCGUCAGCGCGGAGAGAGGCCCAGGGAGAACUUUGGCAGUGCUAGCCGUGUUAGCGGUGUUAUCUGUGUUAGCAGCGUUAGCGGUGACGGAGGUACCAGCUUGUCGAGCGAUCACCCAAUGGGGGUCUCCAUCCAGGGGAGCCACCUGUCCAACUACGCGCACACACGUACAGGCGCGAUGCGUGGCGCACAAACAUCAACUCUGUAAAAGUAGAAAAGUUGGGAUGUGGAGCGUCUGGGGAUGGGACGAAUAACGGGGAGAGGACGGAAAGAACACCGACCUACCCUCGCAGCAAGAGCCAUUACAAUGCACGCAGCGUUUGUGGCAUUCGCAACUUUCGCAACCUCUGCAACAUUUGCCCUAUCGUUGCACCCCUUUGUUGUGUACGUCCACUUAAUAAGUGCUAAUUAAUUAUUCUUCAUAUUUUGGGUAUCGUAUUACUAUAAAAAUUACGGUGCGGCACAGCGCCGUACACUCAUGCGAGCGCAGGGGUAUAUAUGAUACAUACGUUGUAAUGCAUACAUAUAUAACACAUACGUAUAUAAUGCAUACAUA